AUGGCUGAACCCAACAACACACCAUACCCCCCAGCGACACCACAAUCCCAGACCCCUCGCUCCACCUCGCCAGUCAACCUCUCGGAAACAGUCCUCCGUCCCCAUCCCAACGGCCCAGCAGAACCCAUUACGGUACCACUCGAAGCAACAACAGCAACAAACGGCACCCACAAGCCCCGGGUCCUCCACAUUGGAGAUCCGAUCAAGUACAACCCCGAGACCUACGUCGCCUUCUCCGCGCAAUGCGACAUCGUCCGCCCCUCGACGCCCGAACGCCAACGCCCCGCCUUCGCCGCCGCCCUACGGGCCGGCAAGUGGGGCGACUUCUCCGCCGUCUUCCGACCGUUCUGGGGCACGGGUGGCGAGAUGGGCACAUGGGACGCCGAGCUAAUCCCGCUACUGCCGGCGAGCUGUCGGGUUUUCGCGAGCGCGGGCGCCGGUUUCGAUUGGGCUGAUACGCAACUCCUCGGCGAACGAGGCAUCGUCUACUGCAACUCCGGCCUCGCCGCCGCCGAAGCGGUAGCAGACUUCGCCGUGGCCCUCGUCAUCUCGACCUUUCGCCACCUCCCCUGGUGUAUGACAUCCUCCUCCGACCCAACCACCUUCCAAGACUGCCACGCCCGCGCCACAGCCGCCUCGCACACCCUCCGCGGCCACGUCCUCGGCCUCGUGGGCAUGGGCAACAUUGGCCAGCAGAUUGCGCAGCGCCUCGGCGUCGGCUUCGGCAUGAAGGUGCACUACUACGACGUCGUCCGCAAAGAUCCCGUCACGGUGGAGGCCAAGUUCGGCGCGACGUUCCACGCGACGAUGGAGAGCCUGCUCCGCGUCUCGGACUGCGUUGUGCUGUGCACGCCUGCUGGUGGUAAAGUCAUCACGGCCGAGUCGCUGGCGUGGUUCAAGCCCGGGUCAAGGUUUGUCAAUAUCGCGCGGGGCAGUCUGGUUGACGAAGAGGCUUUGGCGGAUGCGCUGGAGUCUGGGCAGAUUGGAACCGUCGCGUUGGACGUGCAUGCCGAUGAGCCGAGGCCGCAUCCGCGGUUGCUCAAGCUGGCGGAGACAAAGGCCAUGCUGACGUGUCACAAUGCGGGAGGGACGGUUGAGACGCAUAAGGGGUUUGAGGAGUUGAGUAUGAGGAACAUCAUGGCCGUUUUGGGGGGCGAGAAGCCGAUUGCGCCCGUGAACCUGCACUAUUUGAAGUAA